AUGCUGCUGGAGGCGCCAUUUUUACCUAAUAAGCUCGUUGUUUCUCAGAUUAACUACACAUCUCACGAAAUUGAAGCAGCACCUGAUGAUGGUUGCUGGCCGAGGGAGGUUUUUUACAGUAAUGGUUCUUUUCCCUUUGAAUUCCUUGGCCGCGCAACCUUAUUCAGUUGUCCACCGUCAUCAGUAAGAGGAGAUGAUUAUAGUGAUAUGUGUAUGGUGAGAUUGAGCCCUUGCCAUGGCAACAACCCUGGCAACCAUAUUUUUGCCGUCAGUAGUCAUAAGGAAUAUUGUAUGAUUGAUGAAAUGCCCCUAGUGUCUUGUACCAAGAUAGAUGACUACACAUUAGAUCCUGCAGAUACAUCAGAUUUUCCUCUUCGUCAACUGAUGAAGCUGCGUUGGUCCAUACCAGUAUGUGAACAUUGUUUAGAGAUGGGCAAGACAUGUGGAUUCAAGAUGAAUGAAUUCACACAUCAGACUACUGACCAAGCUGAAUGUUUAGAUGUGUCCAGAGGACGUAAUCUUGGAAGAAGGACAACCCUGAAGAUGUUAGGUAUUUCCGCACUCUGUUUAGUUCUAAUAGCGAUGGGGACGACAAUCUGCUAUGCCUACAACUCAAACAAAAAGGAAAAAGAAAAUCAGCUUAGAAUUGAAAGAUUUUUGGAUGAAUACAGAGCGAUGAAGCCAAGUAGAUAUUCCUAUGCUGAUAUUAAGAGGAUAACAAGUCAAUUCAAGGAAAAGUUGGGUCAAGGUGCCUACGGAACAGUGUUCAAAGGAAAGCUUUCCUCUGAGUUACUUGUUGCUGUGAAAAUCCUCAACAAUUCAAAUGAAAAUGGGGAAGAUUUCAUAAACGAAGUGGGGACAAUGUGUCAAAUCCACCAUGUCAAUGUGGUUCGCUUGGUUGGAAUUUGCGCCGACGGAUUUAUUCAUGCUCUUGUUUACGAAUACUUACCAAAUGGUUCUUUGCAAAAUUUCUUAUCAUCAGCAGAUAAUAAGAAUUCAUUCAUUGGUUGGGAUAAGUUGCAAGAUAUCGCUCUAGGAAUAGCUAAAGGAAUUGAAUAUCUUCACCAAGGAUGCGACCAACGAAUCCUGCACUUUGAUAUCAAACCACAAAAUGUAUUGCUAGACCAAGAUUUCACUCCAAAAGUUUCUGAUUUUGGUUUAGCCAAGUUUUGUGCUAAGGAUCAAAGUGCAAUAUCGAUGACUACAGCUAGGGGGACCAUGGGCUACAUUGCACCUGAAAUCUUCUCAAGGAACUUCGGCAAUGUCUCCUAUAAGUCGGAUGUCUAUAGUUUUGGAAUAUUGUUGCUUGAAAUGGUUGGAGGCAGAAAAAACUUCAAAGUCAUGGAGGACUCCACUAGUCAAGUCUACUUCCCAGAAUGGAUCUAUAACCUUUUAGAGCAAGGCAACGACCUACGAAUCCAUAUCGGUGAUGACGAAGGAGAUGUCACAAUUGCUAGGAAACUCGCAAUUGUGGGUCUGUGGUGCAUCCAAUGGCAUCCAAUAGAUCGUCCUUCAAUGAAGGUUGUAGUUCAAAUGCUGGAAAGAGAAGGUGAGAAUCUAGCAAUGCCUCCUAAUCCUUUUGCCAGCACUUCGAGUUGAAGGAGAAUAUAAUAUGAACAG